AUGAUAUCAAAAUUAUUGUCAAUAUUAUUUGGAACAAUAUUUACAAUGUUAAUAGGUUAUUGUUGGUAUUCAAUUAUAUUUCGAAAUCGAUAUAUGAAAGAAGCAAAUAUAAAAUAUGAGAAAGAAAAAGAAAACAAUUAAUAAAAUAAUUAGCCAUUAUUAUUUGAACUAACAGGAAGAUUUUUAUAAGCUUGUUUAAUAACAAUCUUUUACAAUGUAUUAAAGUCCAAAGUAAUGACUCAUAAUAAAUUAUAGGAUGAACGUGAUUUAAUUUUGGCGCUUACUUUAGCUGUGUUUUUUUGUUUGAGUUUUCAAGUACAAUACUACACAUCUAAAGUUGUUUGGGAAUAGAAGACAUGGAAUUAUUUUGUUAUAAAGGUGUGUGAACAAUUUAUUUCGCUCUCCACUCUUUCCAUAAUUGCAUACAUUUUUGUAAAGUGA